AUGAUGGAUGAUUUGGAUCAAAAUCUCGCUGAUAUAAGUCCAUCAUUGGAUGUUUGUCAAACUUUCGAAGAAGAAGAUCUUCGUGAGACUUGUAAAAGUAUAAUUAUAAAUUUUAAAAACAAUUUAAAUAAUGCAACGAUACAAAUAGUGAGAAAUCUUCUAACUGAAUGGAAUCGUGCAUUGCCACUGGAUCUAACUUUAUCAACACCUAAAGUGAGUAGACGAAAAAGUGAACUUGAGGAAGAUUUGCUCAAUAUCUUUGAUCUUUUCAUGAAAAGAUGUAUAACGAAAGUAUUAAAAAUCAUUAAUGAUUUACCGAAAAUAAGUCAAGUACGUCGAGAUUAUAAUUUAAAAUUAACUAGUUACAAUGAAACACUUCGAGCUCAUAUUCUAAAUGAGUCUGAUUCAACCAAAAGGGCAUUAAUUGACUUAGAAAGAGAUAAAGAUGAUUUAAGAAUUUACCAUAACGAAUUACUUGUCGAUCACAAUAGUAGCGUUCUGAAUUUACAACUUGAAUUAGAUAAUUUUAAGCAAGGCAUCGUUUUCGAUCAAAACAACAUGAUACUAUUAUAUGAAAAGAUAAAUGAUUUCAGAAGUCUUUAUACAUUUCCAGGAGAAACACUAGAGCAGAAGUUUGCAAGAGAUAAGGAAUUCAAUUCUUGGAAAGAAAUGUUAAAAUUACCGAGCAAUUGGUUUGAAGAAAUUGGAACUCCUCAACCAGAAAUUCCUGGAUAUGUAGGCUUUGAUCCUGCAAGUAUGAGGGUUCCAUCUCAUAUUGAUCCAUCGAGUGUACCUUCAACAUCCGCUCGUCAAGAAAUCGUGCCACCUCCAUCUAGUGAGAGAGAAUUUAACGUAUCUUCUCCUGAUUUGAGUGGAAUAAAUAUACCUUCUCCAUCAAGGUUGGAUCAAAUUGAUAUACCUGCUCCAUCAGUUCAGCCAUCGGCAUAUGUAGAAUCUCCAACAUAUACUGCUAGUUCAGGAAUGCCAGAAUUAGAGACUGACAUGUUUGCUCCAUCAGUUCAGCCAUCGGCAUAUGUAGAAUCUCCAACAUAUACUGCUAGUUCAGAAAUGCCAGAAUUAGAGACUGACAUGUUUGCUCCAUCAGCUCAGCGAUCAGCAUAUGUAGAAUCUCCAACAUAUACUGCUAGUUCAGGAAUGCCAGAAUUAGAGACUGACAUGUUUGCUCCAUCAGCUCAGCGAUCAGCAUAUGUACAAUCUCCACAUGCUGCAAGUUCAGAAUCAUCACAAUUGUCUCGUGAAUUUGAUAGAUUUCGACCCAGGAGCACAAUUGGAGAUACUCCACUACAUCGUAAACAUAUAGAUAAUGAAAACUUACUUCGUCGUAUUAAGAGUUCUUAUUGGAAAAUUCGUAAUGAAAUUGAAUUUUAUACAAGAAUCGAUCCAUUUACGACUGAAUAUCAAGAAAUUCAAGAGUUAAAUACGACAAUUCAAAACUUAUCAAGAGAAUGGAGAACCAUUCAAGUAACUGAGCAAGAUGAUUCAACAAGACAAAAUGAAGAAACUAGAGAUCGUGAAAGAGAUGAAAGAAGGGAUGAAGAAAGAAUAAGGCAUCCAACUGCAGAACGAACGUCAAUAAGAUUAGUGGAAAAAAUGUACAAUGAAUUUAAAGAAGCUAUAAAUAAUUUUAGAAGUUAUUUAGCAAGUUUUGAUAGUGAUUUGAACAAAAUCCAGGAAUUACAGACAUCAUUAAACUAUUUAUAUGAAGAACUAAACACAGAUAGUAAUAAUGAACAAUUACCAGCCGCCGAAGAGAUAAUUCAUAAUGAAUUGGUGGUAUUACGAAAAAAGAUUAAUCGAAUGAAAUCCGAAACCAAGAGGUUGCGAGCUAUUAUAUUUGAGAAGAGAGUAGCUUUAUCGAAUACAUUGCAAAAACUGCGUCAAAAUUUACUACAAAGAAAGGCCAGAUUAGAUAGAAUAAUUGAACACUCACAAAGUGCUAGAGGAUAAUAAUCACCACAACUAUUUAAUAUAUGUUAUGAAUCCAAAUAUUUUUGAAACAUUUGAUCAAUUUAGAAAAAUUGCUAAAUUUGACAUUCCUAAAUUGUUUUUUCAUGCAUUAAAAAUAUGCCCUAAUAACCAGUCCCGACAUAAGAAUUUUUGUCAAACUUACCUAAAUCUGUUUACAUUCUGCAUGAGAUUGCCAUUCAUAAUCUGACGUUGAAUUUCGUGACGACAAUCUUAGGUUUAUUUGUUUCAGAAAAGCGGCUUCAUAAUAACUCUGCUAUUGUGUUCUAGA